GUAUGCUCAAAAUCAGGGUUUAACGUUCUCUCGCGUGCAUCGUGGCCUCUGUUUUCGCUGUUUCUCCUCUUGCUUCUUCUCUGGUUGUUGAACAUUUUGGGUUUUAAACAUUGCCUUCUGCUGCCCAUAUUCUUAUCAGUUCUAAACAAAAAUGGAAAACUCAGAUACAUCUCUAACAAGUUCAUCCCUGCCACCACCUCCACCGCCACCAGCACUAGUUGUUACGGAAGAGCCAGAGCCUAAGAAGCAGAAGAUGUCCACCAGUACUUCUGAUGAUGAAGAAUGCACAACUGCCACAGGCACCAAGAAAAGGUACAAGCGUCGUAAGAUUGCCAUAUUCUUUGCUUAUUGUGGCGUUGGCUAUCAGGGUAUGCAGAAAAACCCCGGGGCCAAGACCAUUGAAGGUGACAUGGAAGAAGCCUUGUAUGUGUCUGGAGCUGUCCCUGAACAGGAUCGUGGAAUUGCUAAACGGUAUGACUGGGCUCGCUCAGCUAGAACAGAUAAGGGAGUCAGUGCUGUUGGUCAGGUUGUUUCAGGCAGGUUCUAUAUUGAUCCCCCUGGUCUUGUUGAUCGCCUUAAUUCAAAUCUUCCGGAUCAGAUACGGAUCUUUGGUUACAAGCGUGUAACAGCAUCUUUUAAUGCCAAGAAGUUCUGUGACCGCAGGAGGUAUGUCUAUCUCAUUCCUGUGUUUGCUCUUGAUCCAUCUUGUCAUCGGGAUAGAGAGACCGUCCUAGCUAGUUUGGGAACCGGAAAUGAGCUUGUUAAAUGUUUGGAGUGUUCUGAGAGAGGUCGUAAGGUGGUAGGGCUUGUUGGUAAUGCAAAGCACAAUCUAACACAAGAAGCUAUGGAUGUGGAUUCAUUCAGAAAAGACGAUAAGGUUAAUGCUGGACUGACAGAGGAUAUUGAUGUAUCUUUGAGCAAAGGUGAAGGUAAAUGUUUAAAUGAAGAAUCUGGUCAUGAGGAUAAGGUUGUAGUUGACAAUUUGAACUCUAAAACUGAGGAAUCCAGUAAUGAGGUUAAGGUUUUAGUUGACAAUGUGAACUCGAAAACCGAUCUUGAAACUAUGGUUCCUGUUCAAGAUGAGGAUACCCCUGUGAAUGGUGGAUCAGUGAACACGGCCAUAGUCGAGGAAGAGGAAGUUAAUGGAGAGGAUAGGCCUACCAAAGGAAGCGGAUUCAGUUACGGUUUGGAGGAGAAAGAGAGAUUUAAUAGGAUCUUGAAGUACUAUGUAGGUACUCACAACUUCCACAACUUCACCACUAGAACAAAAGCUGAGGACCCUGCUGCUCGACGCUUCAUUAUUUCAUUUGAGGCAAAGACUACUGUUGUUGUUGAGGGCAUGGAAUUUGUAAAGUGUGAGAUUGUUGGACAGAGCUUCAUGCUUCAUCAAAUACGGAAGAUGGUUGGGCUUGCAGUGGCAAUCAUGAGAAACUGUGCACCAGAAUCUCUUAUCAACAAAGCUUUGCAGAAGGAUGUUAACAUUAAUGUGCCUACUGCCCCUGAGGUAGGACUAUAUUUGGAUGAGUGCUUCUUUGCUUCAUACAACCAGAAAUGGAAAGAUAGCCAUGAGGAAUUGUCAAUGAAGGCAUACGAGAAAGAAGCUGAGGAUUUCAAAAUGAAGUACAUAUAUUCUCAUAUUGCUUCUACGGAACAGAAGGAUGGAACUGUGGCUCUCUGGUUGCAUUCAUUGAACCAUAGAAAUUAUCCUGAUCUGCGUCUUGUUGAUGAGGAAGCGAUCACUGAUAAUGGGAAGACAGAAAUAAAGGUUGAGGACAAGAGAACUGAGAAAACCGAAAUAGGUGAUGAGCGAGCUAAUAAAAUUGAAACAGAAGUUGCUGACACGAGAGCUGAAAUAGAAGUAGAUGAUGACAAGAGAACUAAAAUAGAAGUUGAUAACAAGCAAGCUGAAACAGAAGUUGCGACUGAGUGAACCGAAUAACCAGACCUUUAAUAUAACUCUACUUUCAUAGUGUUCCUGAUGAAAACUAGAGCUAAUGCAAUGAAGAUUAAUAGGAUUAAGAAAAAGCUUCAUUUUGAUAAGUUUUUUUGUGUUGAUCCCCGGGGAUUGUCCAGAGGGCUAUGUUUAUUAUGGAAAUUUAAUAUAAAUAUGAAUGUUUAUUCGUGGUGUGAUAACUUUAUUAAAUCUGACAUUGACUUAGGAAAUGAAAAAUGCUGGAAAGGGUGUUUUGUUUA